GUCAUUUUGACAAUCCAAUAAAUUUUUACAUUUAAUGAGCUCGUUCCUCUUUACUAUUUUAAUUAAUUUUUAAAUUAAAAAGAAUCUAAAAUGAGUAACCGUGUUAAAGCUCGUGAAGUAAAACCAGGUGAAGUGGUUGCAUAUAGCGAAUAUAAUAUUCGUAGCAAUUUAUCAGCAGUAGAAUACUGUCGCACAUCUACUGCUGCAAUUUCUGGUUCCGUAGCAGGCAUAUUGGGAUUAAGUGGAUUAAUUGGAUUUUUCUUUUACUUCUUGACGGUUUUCUUGUUAUGGUUGCUCAUCCUAUUUAAAUCUGGUACACAGUGGCGCAAGUAUUUUAUUAAUAGGCAAAGUUUGCUAACCAAUGGCUUCAUGGGCGGACUUUGCACAUACGUACUAUUUUGGACAUUUUUAUAUGGCAUGGUGCACGUUUAUUGAGUGUUUGUAGUAUGUAAUAAAGUUUCUAAAUAGAUGUAGUUCAAUAUUUUUUUUUUGAAUAAUAAACUGAUUUCUUUUUAUUUAUAAAAUUUAUUUCUACUUAAUUGGCUCUUCUGCUGCAGCAGCAGCGGCGAUACCUGAA